AGCAAAAUUUCGGAAGAGGAGAUGCUGCGGUGGAGCAAGGAGGAGCUGGUGAAGAGGCUGAGGAAAGUGGAGAACGAGAAGAUGAACUUAAUGGUGGAACACGGCAACUUGAUGAAGGACGUGAACCGGCGGCUGCAGCUCCACCUGCAUGAGAUCCGCGGGCUGAAGGAGGUGAACCAGAAGUUGCAGGACGACAACCAGGAGCUGAGGGAGCUCUGCUGCUUCUUGGACGACGACCGGCAGAAAGGCAAGAAGCUGUCGAGGGAAUGGCAGCGCUUCGGGAGGCACACGGCCAGCGUGAUGUGGAAGGAGGUGGGCAUGUACCAGCAGAAGCUGAAGGACCUGGAGGCGAGGCAGGAGACCCUCCUGCGGGAGAACGUGGAGCUGAAGGAGAUGGUGCUGAUGCUGGACGAGGAGCGGAGUGGGGCCGGCUCGCGGAGCUCCAUCGACAGCCAGCCAGAGACAUCGGUUUUCUGGCUGGGGUACGCUUUGCCCUCCUCCGAGCACAGGGAUGGGGCUGGAGCCCCAGAGCUUGGCUCCGACUGGUGCCAGCAGUGGAUGUGUUUACCGGAUAACCAUGCCUUCAGCUCCCAGAGCUCCCAGAGGUGGUCCUGGUGGGACCGGGGAGUGCUGGUCCUCUUUUUUGGUGAUUUAUGUGCUGUGUAA